AUGUCAAAAGAGAACAUCAAAACGAUAACCAUUCUCCCCGGGGACCACGUAGGUACCGAGAUCUGCGCCGAAGCAAUCAAAGUGCUCGAGGCCAUCGAAGCAUCAACCCCCUUCCACCCUGGCCUCCAAUUCAAAUUCAACCACCACUUGAUCGGCGGCGCAGCCAUAGAUGCCACGGGCGAGCCCCUUCCUGCAGCCUCGCUCGAAUCAGCCAAAUCGAGCGACGCCGUGCUCCUCGGUGCUGUCGGUGGACCCAAAUGGGGCACGGGCGCCGUGCGCCCCGAGCAAGGCUUGCUUCAAAUCCGCAAGGCGUUGAACUUGUACGCCAACAUUCGUCCUUGCAAUUUCGCCUCCGAGUCGUUGUUGGAGUUGAGUCCCUUGCGCGCUGACAUUGUGCGCGGCACCGAUCUUGUCAUUGUGCGGGAACUCGUCGGCGGCAUCUAUUUCGGCGAGAGACAGGAACAAGGGGAGAGCAAAGAUGGACAGACGGCGUGGGAUACUGAGCUUUACACCGUGGACGAGGUCAAGCGCAUCACGCGCAUGGCGUGCUUUAUGGCGUUGCAGCACUCGCCUCCAAAGCCCAUUUGGUCCUUGGACAAGGCGAACGUGCUUGCGUCGUCGAGAUUAUGGAGGAAAACAGUGGAUGAGGUCGUGAGCUCGGAGUUCCCCACGCUUAAGGUCCAGCACCAGUUGAUUGAUUCGGCGGCGAUGAUCUUGAUUCAGAACCCUACAAAGUUGAACGGGAUCAUUAUCACUUCCAACAUGUUUGGUGAUAUCAUCUCCGAUGAGGCUAGUGUUAUUCCCGGAUCGUUGGGAUUGUUGCCCAGUGCCUCGUUGGCUUCGUUGCCCGAUACAAAUAAGGCCUUCGGGUUGUACGAGCCUUGCCAUGGCUCUGCUCCCGAUUUGCCCGUGGGGAAAGUCAACCCCGUGGCUACUAUAUUGUCGGUGGCCAUGAUGUUGAGGUUGAGUUUGGACUGUUUGGAAGAAGCCGAGGCGUUGGAAGAAGCUGUGAGACAAGUUUUGGACCUGGGCGUGAGAACUGCUGAUUUGAAAGGGUCCAGUGGCACCGUUGAAGUUGGUGAUGCUAUUGCUGAGACCGUGACCAAGAUUUUGAAAUCGAAAGCCUAA